ACAGCAACAUUGGAAGUUGUGAUACCACCUGACAUAAUCAUGGAGGAAACUUCUGGCGACAUGAUGGUACCAGAAGGCGGUUCAGCUAAGCUUGUUUGUCGUGCACGCGGACAUCCGAAACCGAAAAUAACUUGGCGUCGUGAGGAUGGCAGAGAAAUUAUAGCGAGAAAUGGAGCACAUCAGAAAACUAAAGCACUGGCAGUUGAGGGCGAAAUGCUAACCUUGUCAAAAGUCACGCGAUCCGAAAUGGGCGCCUAUAUGUGCAUAGCAUCGAAUGGAGUGCCGCCAUCCGUGAGCAAACGCAUGAAGCUACAGGUGCACUUUCAUCCUUUGGUGCAAGUGCCAAACCAGUUGGUUGGAGCUCCUGUCUUGACAGAUGUCACUUUAAUUUGCAACGUUGAGGCGUCACCGAAAGCCAUCAAUUAUUGGCAACGGGAAAAUGGUGAAAUGAUUAUUGCCGGUGACAGAUAUACGCUCACUGAAAAGGAGAAUAACAUGUACGCGGUUGAGAUGGUUUUGCAUAUAAAGCGUUUGCAAAGCAGUGACUUCGGCGGUUACAAAUGCAUUUCGAAAAACAGCAUUGGAGACACGGAGGGAACCAUUAGAUUAUAUGAAAUGGAACGUCCUGGGAAGAAGAACCAAAGAGAGGAAGAUAUGAACGAAGUCUCGAGAAACGAAAUUGUGCUCAAGGAAAAUCGUCACGAAGAUGGCUCACGCAACCAAAACGGGCGCCUGUACAAGGAGCGCGGCAACGACUCAGGACUGUAUAGCAGCACUAGGAAGCUAGCCCAGCACUACCAAACCAUAAAAAUAUUAAUAGGGACAUUAGUACUACUUUUAUUGGCAACAACACGAACCCUGCGAUUGGACAGCAGUGACAGCAGUCAAGGCGGUUUAUAGCUUAAUUAAGUGCGAAGUCAGCCACAAAAACUGUGAGAAACCACAAGGACACUUAGCUAAGCUAACAGGCAUCGCAAGUAAAGUGAGAAAUGAUGUUUGAUUGCAUGGAAAUACUCUAGGCUCAAUGCAAAAUAUAUCAAAUAUAGCAAGUACGAAAGUAAAUAUGUUAAUUAUAAUUAAAUUAAAAAUAAAUUGCAACA